GAGAGCACGCAGCGGCUGGCCGAGCGCGUCGGCGACGUCGGCCGCUGGCGGCACGAGGUGCUGCACGAGCUGGAGCAGAACGCAGCCGAGACGGAGCGGCUGGAGGAGGCGCGCCGCCGAGCUGAGUGCCUACACGGCGAGCUGCAGGCGCCGCUGCGCCUGGUGCAGGAGAACCGACGCGCGCGCCAACUGCGCACCGGCGCCGACCUUGUGCACGACCCCGUGGAGGUGGGCCUGGAACGCGAGGCGGGCGUGGUGGCCGGCGUGCGCGAACGACUCUGCCGCACGCUCGACCACGUCAACAGCACGCUACACGAGCUGCGCGACGCGCGCCAGCGGCUCGAGCGCGACGCGCUGGACAAGCACGCCGCUCUCAGCAUCGACCGGCACGCCCACGGACUAAGCAACUCGUCGCCGGGCAUUGCGCUGUACCCAGGCGUGGAGCGCUGGGACCGCACGCAGAGCACGCCCGACUCCUGGGCCGAUAGCACGCUGCGGCUGGUGCAGCGGUCGCAGAGCGCGCGCGCCGCCAGCGCCAGUCUGCGCGCCGAGGUUGAAGCCGGCAACCACGCGGCCGUCAGCGAGCACUGGCAGGCGUGGAGCGGCACGAACCAGGCGCUGGCGGCGCGCAGCCAGCAGACGCAGGAGGCGCGCAACCGCAUCCAGCAGGAGCUGACACGCCUGGUGCACGAGAUCGCCGAGCAGGAGCGGCAUCGGUUGGCGCUGCGACGCGCGCUGGACGCGCAGCUGCCGCCGCUCAAGGUGGCGCACACGCGGCUGGAGCGGCGCACGCACCGGCCCGGCCUGGAGCUGUGCCGCGACGGCGCCAUGCUGCGUCUGCAGAGCGAAGUACAUGAGAUCGGCGGCAGCGUACAGCAGCUGCAGCGCCAGCUGGACGAGGUGGAGCGCGCGCUGGCCGAGCUGCUUCAGCAGAAGGCCAAGAUGGAGGAGGAGCUGCGCGUCAAGGCCAACUCGCUGCUUAUCGACCGUGACCAGGUGUUAGGCUCGAGACGCGCCUUUCCGGUCACCUCGCUCGUGACCAAGUGUCUGUGA